AUGGAUCACUCACACAUGGAUCAUGGAAAUAUGGGUCACGGCGGUAUGGACCACGGUGGCAUGGAUCAUGGAAACAUGUGCAACAUGAACAUGCUCUUCACAUGGGACACCAACAACCUCUGCAUCGUCUUCAAGUCCUGGCGCGUCACCUCCACCAUGUCACUUCUCUGGUCUUUGCUCGGCGUCAUGCUACUAACCGCCGGCUACGAACUCGUCCGCGAAAUCUCUCGUCGCUAUGAAGCCAGAGUUCAAAAGGAGAUUGAUGAUAUGCCGAGACGCUCUGCUGCCGACGCGUAUGCAAAGACCAAGACUAUCAAGGCUGCUUUAUACGCCAUUCAAGUAUUUUAUUCCUUUUUCAUCAUGUUGCUCUUCAUGACUUAUAACGGAUGGAUCAUGCUGGCUGUGGGAGUGGGUGCUUUUGUGGGUUACUUGAUGUUUGGCAACUCGACUGUUACAAAGAGUGCUGCUUGUCAUUGA